AGUCCACGCUACUCACUACCUAGAACACAGACUACGACAAACUGACAUUCUUAGUACGUCAGAAAAAUAUUUUGCCAUAAGUUGCAACAUGAAAGAGUACCCAUGACCAUGGGACUCUCUUAACUUUCCUAAUAUUUAUUCUGGCUAAUUGGUUUUAUUCUAUCUAAAACAUGUGGAAAUAUGUAUCACGUCGGAUUAGGGAUACGUUCGAAAGAAGUGCUAACCAGUUUGAAAAACGAGGUAGCGCUGGUGUAGUGAAUGCUCCAGGAAGUCCAGAUGAGAAACACAAACGCUCUAGUCCUCAAUGUCGCUGGAUACCACCUCAAACAUGCUGGCAAACUUGCAGGCACAAUAAAGACACUAACAGUAACAAAUGGAACUUCGAAUACCUGAAUCGAAGUUGGAUUGGUGCCAUUACAUGGAGUAGUGCCUUAGUUUUGGGGUGGUACACAAGCCAGUUAUUGCAUCUCAAAUGCAAGUAUCAUGCUAAAGGACAUGAUAAAUGCAGCUCAAUAAACAAUAUAUUAAAGUCAUUACGCCCAUAUGUUGCCUGUGUUAACAAGGAUGUAAUUUGCAUCAAUUCUGCUCCUAGAAUUGACAAAAUUAUAAAUGACUUCACUCCUAGUGUUCAUUUGGUAUCAAAUGACCAUCACGGGACGAGAAAUGUAGAUGACACUGUUUCAAGUAGCAAAACAAGUUCUGAUACUUCCAGCAGUGAUUUGGGAGAAGUUUUGAAUUCAAUUGAAAACAAGCUUGGGCUUGCAGCUAUCGAAAAUGGCAAACACGAAGAUGGACUUAAAUUAUUAAGAUCCGCUGCGCGUCGCCAAUAUGCACCAGCUCUUUACAACCUAGGGUUGUGUUAUGAAACUGGAGUGGGUGUGUCAGUCGAUGAGAAAAUGGCUAUGGAGUUGUAUAAAUCUGCUGCUGCUUUGGAACACCCUGUUGCACUUUACAACCUCGGCAUUUACUACGGGCAGGGCCGCGGUGGGUUAACACGCGAUUCCGAGACAGGAAUUCGUUUAUUGCGUCUUGCGGCAAUAAAAGGCCAAGAAGAUGCCAUUAAGGCUUUGAAAGAGUUAAAUGUUGAUAUUGGCGAAUCAUCGCCGAAGAUAAAUAUGGAAGAGACAUGGACAUACACCGACAGUUUUCCACAAAAUAAGAACAUUGUUCCAAUGCAAACUACACUUUUUGUUGAAAAUGCAAGUUUUUUACAGACACCAAAUUGUUUAGCCCCUGUGUGUUAAAUAAUAAAAAAAAGGAAAUUUGUUGCAAUUCAGUGUAGGUCUGGAAAUAACAAUUUAAGUUGGAAAAAUGUUCUCACUAUAAUAGUUACAAGUACUAGUAAUUCCUAGUCUUAGGCGUUUGGUGUUUGUUGUAUUUAAUUUUUUGCUGUGAAGGUUGGACCAAAAUUGAUGCACAUAAUAUUAUUAAACACUGUUUAUUACCUCUUAUUAUUUCCAUUAAUGUUUUGCUCCUUGGAAUGAUAAAGUUUGCCAAGUUGUUUACAUUAUAAUAUAUGCUAACAGUUUUGGAUACUG